AUGGCCCGGACGGGUGAGGGCUUUGAAUUCCAGACCCGGUUACGGAAUCAGCCUUCAGGGACAAUGACCUGUGCCGGCGUUGUGGACCUAAGCCGUUUACCGGCCCUGACACAUCUGAUCGGGAUCUGUGCCCUCAUUAUCCACAACACAUUAGGUCCCUGUGAUUCACGCUCGAGGAUCCGUGCGGCUUUGCUUGGGACCACUGGCCUGACCCCUCUAUCAUGUGGCCCGUGCGGCCGAAGCUCAAAUAUUGUUCUGCUGCUGCUCAUCGAGAGCCCGCUCCACAGCCUCCUUCUCCGACGUGCCCCCCGGCGAAGGACAACUUGCAUCAUCAUGGCCAUCAAUUAUUUGAUUCUGCUGUCGCGGCAAGGCAAAGUGCGCUUGGCCAAGUGGUUUACAACACUGUCCCCCAAGGACAAAGCCAAGAUUGUGAAGGAUGUCUCACAGCUUGUCCUUGCCAGAAGGACGCGGAUGUGCAACUUCCUCGAGUAUAAGGGCGAGUGCUUUCCGCAAGACACAAAGAUCGUUUACCGUCGAUAUGCCUCGUUGUUUUUCAUUGCCGGUUGCUCCUCGGAGGAUAAUGAACUGAUCACCCUGGAAAUUAUCCACCGAUAUGUCGAACAGAUGGACAAGUACUACGGCAAUGUCUGCGAGCUCGAUAUCAUUUUCUCUUUCACAAAGGCCUAUUAUAUUCUGGACGAACUCCUGCUGGCAGGGGAGUUACAAGAGAGCAGCAAAAAGAACGUUCUGCGAUGCAUAUCACAGCAGGACGCUCUUGAAGACAUGGAGAGACGGCUUCCGUUGGGUGAUGCCCGUGGCACCUUCAUGCUGAUCUUACUGACGUGCUGUCUUUCCGAUCAGGUUGAGGACGAAGUCACAAAGAUCAUGUAG